AUGUCUCAAAAUAACCCCGAUCAAGAAGACCAAACGUCCGGAGCCAAAAAGACAAUUUCUCUGCCGAUUUCCAGAGUUAGGCUGAUAAUGAAGAGCUCCCCGGAUGUUUCCAGUAUCAACCAGGACGCCCUCUUCCUCACCACCAAAGCCACCGAGCUGUUUGUCCAACAUUUGGCCCUGUCUUCGUUCAAUAAUGGUUCCGGGAAGGAAACCAACUCGUUGUCAUACAGCGACCUGGCUAAGACCGCAGAGGAGACGGAGACUUUCCACUUCCUCACAGAUAUCUUGCCUAAGAAGAUCUUGGCUCGAGAUUACCUCAAAUCUUUGGAGCAAAUGCAAGAGGAGGAGGCAGAUUUUUAA